AUGCAAACCUUUGUGUGCCCAGAUCUGGAUAUCCUUGAGGUCAAAACCCUGCGCCACAAGCUGACACCCAGGCCCUCGCCUUUCACAAAGGACAACAAUGCGGGCGCCGGCUUUGUGGGCGACAAGGACCGCAUCCGGCUGCACACUGUGGAAUACGAGUCGGAGCUCUCGUCUGGGGCUGCCUGCGGCAACGGCGUCGUAUCUGGGGAGGAUGACACCUGCCUGAUGCUGCCAGAGUGGGCCAUCCGCAGCGGGCCGCGCGACACGAUCUACUUUGAACCCUCCCAGGUGACGGCAGCCAUCGUGACGUGCGGCGGGCUGUGCCCUGGCCUGAACGAUGUGGUGCAGAACAUUGUCUUCACAUUGACAGACUAUGGUGUCCCUGAAGACCAAAUCAUUGGGAUCCGCUAUGGCCUGGCGGGCUUCUACAACAAGGGUGCAAAGCCCGUCACCCUGACGCGCCAGACGGUGGACGGCAUCCACCUGAAGGGCGGCACCAUGCUGGGCACUUCGCGCGGCGGUGCAAACAUAGAGGAGAUCGUGAGGCGCAUAGACCUGUGGGGCCUGGACAUGGUCUUUGUGGUGGGCGGAAAUGGCGGCAAUGCGGCAGCCAACGCCAUACAGGAGGAGAUUGCGCGGCAGGCGAGAGACGUCAAGUGCGUCGUGGCGGGCGUUCCCAAGUCCAUCGACAACGACAUCCUGCUCAUCGACAAGUGCUUCGGGUUUGACACGGCGGUCGAGGAGGCGCAGCGCGCGCUGCUCGCGGCAAAGGUCGAGGCCGCCAGCGGGCGCCGCGGGCUGGGCAUCGUGAAGCUGAUGGGGCGCAACAGCGGGUUCAUCGCGAUGGAGGCCUCCAUGGCCAGCGGGGUGGUGGACGUCUGCCUCAUCCCCGAGAUCAAGUUUGACCAGAAGAAGCUCCUGGCCCAUGUUGGCAGCAUCCUGGACCGCAAGGGUCACUGCGUCAUCUGCGUCGCAGAGGGGGCGGGGCAGGACCUGGUCAACCAGGAAGGCAAGGGUGGCACCGACGCCAGUGGCAACGCCAUCCUCAAGGACAUCGGCGUGUUCCUGCGCGACACCCUCAAGGGCCACUUCAAGGACCAGGCCGACAUCAAGUACAUAGACCCCUCCUACCUCAUCAGGUCCAUUCCAACGACUUCAAACGACCGCAUCUACUGCAAGGUCCUUGGGCAGGGAGCCGUGCACGGCGCAUUCUCCGGCUACACCGGCUUCACCGCAGGGCUGGUCAACACCCACUAUGUCUACCUGCCCAUAGAGACCAUCAUUCAGGCCCCAAGGAAGGUCAACCCCACAGGACGGCGCUGGAACCGGCUCAAGACUGCCAUCAACCAGCCGGAUUUGCACUGA